AAGGCUAUUCAUAACAUCAGAGCAUUGGAAAUGCCGACUAUAAAUGAAGUGGGUGAAGUGAACGUAGAGAAACUGGAGGAGCACUUCCGAUUAAACAACAAGUUAAAGAGGCGUGGCGGUCCAGUUGACAUAUUGAUAGGUGUUGACUACGCAUAUUUGAUGACGGGGGAAACUAAAAAAUCUGAUGGCUUAGUCGCUCUAAACUCGCCUUUGGGAUGGGCUAUCUUUGGCAGCAACGGCAACACUGAAAUGGUUAACCGAGUAAUGCAUGUUAAGGUAGAUAAACCAGUCAAUCUAGACGACUUCUGGACGGUCGAAUCAAUGGGAGUUGAUGUGGGUAACUGUGAUUGCAAGGCCAAACUUAGUGUAGUUGAGAAUAUGGAAGCGAAACUCAUCGAAGAAUCUAGUAGUAAAGUUGGUAACCAGUGGUUGAUUCCAUAUCCAUGGGCUAAAGAUCCGAUGCACCUCUCAAACAAUAAAGUCCAAGCUACAAAGAUGCUGAAUGGUUUAGAGAGACGGCUAAAGAAGAACGAAGAACAUGGUGCUGCUUACCAAAGGCAGAUGGAAGAAAUGGUAGAAAAGGGAUUCGCCAGAAAGUUGGAGGAAACUGAAAUAAAGCAGUAUCAAGGACCGGUUCACUACCUGCCACAUCACGCUGUUGUGCGAGCCGAAAGUAAAAGCACUCCAGUGAGAAUAGUAUUUAACUCUGCGAAUAAAUGCAAUGGUGAAGCCAUCAAUGAUAGAUAGAUGGAUGGAAGGCCCACAAUUCUUGAAGCGUCCUAUGACUGAAUGGUCCCAGCAAAAAUUAAGAGCUCCAGAAGAUGAC